AGGGCGGGCUUUAGAUGAAGGGACGGCGGUGGGAAACAUGGCGGCGACUCUGGGACACUCUAGGUGGUGGCAGCGGUGGCGGCGGCGUUUGUCAGCUCGGAAUGGGUCAAAGAUAUUGCUGCUUCUCCUUUUGUUGGGGUCUGGGCAGGGACCUCGGCAAGUCGGGGCGGGUCAAACGUUCGAGUACCUGAAACGGGAGCACUCGCUGUCGAAGCCCUAUCAGGGUGUGGGCACAGGUAGUUCCUCACUGUGGAAUCUGAUGGGCAAUGCCAUGGUGAUGACCCAGUAUAUCCGCCUUACCCCAGACAUGCAGAGUAAACAGGGUGCCUUGUGGAACCGGGUGCCGUGUUUCCUGAGAGACUGGGAGUUGCAGGUGCACUUUAAAAUCCAUGGCCAAGGGAAGAAGAAUCUGCAUGGGGAUGGCUUGGCAAUCUGGUACACAAAGGAUCGGAUGCAACCAGGGCCUGUGUUUGGAAACAUGGACAAAUUUGUGGGGCUGGGAGUAUUUGUAGACACCUACCCCAAUGAGGAGAAGCAGCAAGAGGCCCAGAAGCGGCGGUACUCUCCAGGAGUCCAGAGGGUGUUCCCCUACAUCUCGGCCAUGGUGAACAACGGCUCCCUCAGCUACGAUCAUGAGCGGGAUGGGCGGCCCACAGAGCUGGGAGGCUGCACGGCCAUCGUCCGCAAUCUCCACUACGACACUUUCCUUGUGAUUCGCUACGUCAAGAGGCACCUGACGAUAAUGAUGGACAUCGAUGGCAAGCACGAGUGGAGGGACUGCAUCGAGGUGCCCGGGGUCCGUCUGCCCCGGGGCUACUACUUCGGCACCUCCUCCAUCACUGGGGACCUCUCAGAUAAUCAUGACAUCAUUUCCCUGAAGUUGUUCGAGCUGACGGUAGAGAGAACCCCAGAAGAGGAGAAGCUGCAUCGAGAUGUGUUCUUGCCCUCGGUGGACAACAUGAAGCUGCCCGAGAUGACAGCCCCACUGCCACCACUGAGUGGCCUGGCCCUCUUCCUCAUCGUCUUCUUCUCUCUGGUAUUCUCCGUGUUUGCCAUUGUCAUUGGCAUCAUACUCUACAACAAAUGGCAGGAACAGAGCCGAAAGCGCUUCUACUGAGCCCUCCUGUGGCCACCACCCGUACAACCAUCCCCCGUGACGUCUGGGGCGAGCAGGUGCCAGCCUGAGCACGCAGCUUGGUGGGCCUCCUCCAGCCUCCAGCAGCUGGUCAGGGACAGCGGAGCUUCAAAUGCAGGGACUCCACGUCCCCACGGCCACCCAUGGGACAUUAACUCUGGUCCAGGAGCCGCCCACCCAGGGCGAUGCCUCUGUGUGUGCCUUUUCCUGCACCCCGCACGGGCGUGAAGAGGCAUGCGAGAGCCCUUCUCUGGCAGUGCCAGCCUCAGAGCAAGACUAGCCUGCUGCCUGGUUUGGACUCAGAGGGCCCUCAUUCUUCUUUCUUAAAUCUACAAAGAGUAGAAAACGGAUAAUGCCUCAUACCAUCGGCCAUGCCGUCACUGGCUUUCGCUUUUUACCCGAACCUCUGUCCGCCCACCUGAGGGACUUUGUUUUGAAAUGUGGGUGAAGCCUCUUCUCUGCCUCACCGUCCCCCACCCCUCCAUCACUGUCCUUGCCGCGUGUUGUCUGAGCAGAAAGGACACUGUGUCGCCUGGGCCUGCAGAGCAAACAGGUUCCACUGGCCCUUGCUGGGUGGCCCUAGGGACAGCCCUCCUGCCCUGCACACCACCCCAGGCUCUGUUCGCCACCGUGAGUCUUGGCGUGUCUGUGGCCUUUCUGUCAGGGCCUUCAGGCCCCCAGUCAGGCUUGGCGGAAAAUCAGUGCGCACAUUCAAGAGGGGCUUGGACGACUUCACGAAUUUGCAGGGUUAGCUGCAGCUCCAGGCUGGUCCCCUGAAGCAACCUUUGCCAUGGGGUCUGACAUGGAGAUGUUUUGUGACCUGCUGGACCUGCUUAGGUGCAUGUUUGGUGUUUGUUGUGAUUUUUGGAAUCCCACUUGGAAUGCUGCAAGCAUAAGGAAGCGUUCUUAUAACCUGGGUUUGGAUACUCCCCAAAGAGGAAACCUGUGUCUUUUUCUUAGCAGCAAAGCAAUGGCUGCCGUUGCCAUGUUGCAAGUCUGGGAGCCACAGACCCUCCUCACCUGUGCCUGGAAGAGUUCGUCACCACCGGGCGGCACAGCCUCCGUGCUGUGCUCGUCAGCCCUCACUCCACUGCCUUAUCUGAUGGGUCCCGUGCUGCCCACCGGUCUGCUCUGUGAUUACGCUGGCUGCAGGCUGAGAGUCUCCCUGGACGGCUGGAACUCUGAGCUCUGUAGUGUAAAGGAAAUUCUUAAAAUAGCUGAUGGAACCAAACUUGA